UAGGUAAACUAGGUUAUAGGAAUGUAAACAUAUGUUUUUUGGCAGUGCAUAUAUUAAAAUUGAAAGAUGUCGAAAGUAUUGGGAAAAAUGAAAAAAAUAGGAAAGAUGGGCAAGAAGGUGGUCGAGAAAGUCGAUCACUCGUCAAAACUGCGCGUGAAUAUUCCCGCGGGAUUGGCAUCAGCCGCACCGCCACUUGGCUCCCAGCUCGGUCAGAGGAACAUCAACAUCGAAAAAUUCUGCAAGGAUUUCAAUAAUAAGACAGGCAAUAUCAAGGAAGGCAUUCCUUUACCAUGUCGUGUGAAAGUGAAGUCUGACAGAUCAUAUGAUCUAGUAAUCCAUAAACCACCGACAACAUAUUACUUGAAACAGGCUGCUGGAAUACAGAAAGGAAGAAUAAAGAAGGGUGAAGUAGCUGGCAAGAUAACUCUUAAACAUUUAUAUGAGAUCGCCAAAAUUAAGCUGGAGGAUCCACCCAAUGCAUUGUUAAAUUUAGAACAAAUGUGUCAAAUGAUUGUCGGCAUUGCUCAUACAUGUGGCAUCGAAAUCGUGCGUGAAAUAGAUCCAGAAGAAUAUAACCAGUUUUUGAAGGAUAGAGAAGUGGAAGUUUUGCGAUAUCGUGAGCAGCUUCAAUUAGCUAAAGAAAGCAAAGUUCUUAGAACAAACUAAUCUAUGACUAGAAUAUUUUUGUUCCUAUUGUAAUUAUAUAUGUAUAUAAUAAAC